AUGCCGUCCCCACGCAGCCCCCACACCGCCACGUCCCCCCUCGCGCUCUUCGCCUCCAUCGCCGCCGCGUCCUCAUCGUCCACAUCACCGUCUGCGGCAACCUUCUCCCCGUCGUCGUCGUCCCCAACCCCGCUCCAGACCCUCGUCCUGAACCUUCGCGCGCAUGAGCAGGGCGCCGGCCCAUCCGAAAACGUAGACACCGUGAUGGUCGAGCGCGUCCCCACCGCCGACCUCGCCGACGAGCCCGCGCUCGUCCGCGAGCUCCAGCAGCGCGUCGACCGCCUCGCGCUCACUCGCAGCACCCUGAGCGCGCACGACGCCGCCCUCGCCCGCGCGCUCGUCUCGCUCGUUGCCCAGUUCUCCAGGCUCGCCGCGCUCCAUGCUCCGUCAUCGCACGCCGGCGCGAAGUCCCCGACGGCGCUGCCCCGCACGAUGUCCUGGGGCAACACGCCCGCCGAAUCUGCGUCCGCGUCCACAUCCGCGUCCGCGUCGGGAGGCGACCCGCUGGCGCGGCUGCAGCGGCAGAUUACCGAUCUGCAGCUCGUGCGUGGGUCGGAGGACGGGGGCGGCUCGGAACCGAAGCCGGCCGUGCAGGCGGUCGAGACCGCGUUGCUGUGGACGCGCGUGGACCAGGAGUUCGACAGGAUCCUGGAGCUCGCGGUGGACCCCGAGUCUGGGGACGCUGGGCUUGUGUAUGGAGAGCAGGAUAGCGAUCGAGAUCAUCUGCCGCCGGAGUACGAGCCGGGGACGUACGACCCGUUCGCGUCUGACGCGGAGCUGCCGAUAUACGACGCGGGGGACUAUGAUGGAGCCGGGACGGACAAGGAGAAGGGCUCGCCCGAGCGGUCGCACCACCAUCGUCUGCGAGAAAGGGAAAGGGAGCGGGAGCGGGAGGGAGGGGGGAUGAGCGAGAAGAUGCGCAUGGACCUCGAGGCGGUCGCGCUCGCGAUCGACCGGCUGUACGUCGUCGCGCCGCAGCUGCACGAUCAGCGGGUGGAGCUCAAGAAGAGCAAGCGCGAGCAGCUGGAGAAGAUGGAGAGGGCGCGGCUCGCGAGCUCGUCGCGGCUGAAGGAGCUGCCUGGAAAGGAGCGGGCGAGGGAAGAGCUGGAGCUGGAGAGGAUGGUUGAGUUGAUAGGGAGGGCGAGCGAGCGGAAGCUGGUGGACCAGGCGGUCGUGCUGGAUGGUGGGAUGGAGGCGAAGUUGGAGCGAGCGCGGCAGAGGGACCAAGAGAAGCGUGAAGCCUUCGUCACCCGCCUCGCACGACAUUCCGACGCGGGAAGACUGCACUCGCAAGAAGCCGUGCUCGCCAAGAAGAAAUUCAAGGAUCCCGACGCGAUGCUCACCCUCCCGGAGUUCAUUCGCGAAGGCGUGCCGCAGGAAGUCCAGCUGCAGAUGCAGAUCAACGAUGCCAGAGCGAUGCUCUCCCUUCCCGAGUUCGUGCGCGAGCCCGUCCCCGAGCAUAUACAGCCUGCAGCCCCUCCUCCUACCCCGAUCUCGCGCAGGAAGUCGUUUAGGCAGCUAAGGAGUCGGAGUCUGUCGGCGCCGCCGCUAGCGUGGCUUCUCAACCAGAGUCCGAGGUCGUCGAGUCCUAACCUGCCAGAGACGCCGGAGGGCGAGAAGGAGAAGGAGCCGAAGAAAAUCAAGUUGAGGACGAAAAGGCCGGGAUCGUCGAGUGGGAUCGUCGCGCCGCCUCUACCAGUGCAAACUGGACUGGACGUGCACUACGUUGCGGAGUACCACGAGACGCUCCAGCAUAUCCUCGUAUUCUUGAACGUGCAAGGUAUGACACCAGGAGCGAACCUCGAGGCUGAGGUCGUUCCCGUGUCAGAGUCCUCUACCGGCGAGCGCAGCCGCCUGCUGUUGCGCUGCGGCGCGUCCACCUCUCCGCUUCUUACCCUCCCCGCGCCAGUGCCUCCAGGCGUGAAGGAAGUGAAGGUGGUCGGACAAUACUACGAAGUCAAGCUCCCCGUUGUCUCACCUCCUACUUCGCCCUUCGACACCCCUCCCGCGAUCCUGGACGCCACACAGCUCCUCUCGACAGCCCCGACGAGCUUCGUCUGCGCAGCGUGUUCCCUCCCCCUUGUCCAGGCGUCAAAACUGCACGAAUACCGUGACCUACCCUCCGAGCACUGGGCCGAACUCGUCGACGCGUGGAUGUGCCAUUCGGACCAGCGGCUCCACGAGCAUGUGAAGAAACACUCGGUGCAGGGCUUCUGGCCGCAAGAGGGCGAGGCUCUCGUGGGUGGCAGCUACAUCCUCUUCGAGGAGUCGGCCGUCGUGCAGAAUAACGUCUGGCCUGCGAGCGAAGACGAUCACAAGGACGAUGGCUGGAGACGCACGCGCUGUAUCUGCGGUGCUAUCAUCGGCCGUUGUCAAGAUCGUCCGUCGCCCGACGGUCAUGGGCCACUGGUGUACCGCCUUGCGAAAUACGCCGUCCGACCCAUGAACGCGAACGCUAGUCCCGCAAAAUUACCUCUCUCCGCGUUCAUCGCAGAAGACAUGAACGAGUUCGUCCAUGCACACGCGACUUACCGUUUCGUCGUUUUCGAUGAGGAGGAAGAGCGGCCCCGUCUUCUCAUAUGGCUUUUCAAGCCUAGCAUGCGUCUGUCCUACGCAGUUCCGACGCAAUACGUACUCGCGAAGAGCGCGUCAGUACGAGCGGGGAAGGUUCUGUUCAGAAUCCUCGACACAGCUGCAGCAUAUUCGGACCUCGACGGACUGCUGAAGCGAUAUCCGGGGUUCCCACAAGCGGAGCACCUUUACUACCCUCGAAGCAUCUGCCGGCGGCUUGCCGCUCUCCUUAUGGAGAGCAACAAAGCGUACCCUGAGAACAUGCGUAGGAUGACUGGGCUUGAUGUCGGCUGGCUGCAACGCGCCUGA